GGCCAGCCACACCAGUCUUCAGGAUGCCUUGAAAUAUUUAAAUACAUCUAUAAAUGAUUUUUGGCUUGUCAUACAAAACUGCAGCCACUAAGCCACACCGUCAAGUUACUUUGCACCUUCAGCAUUACUGUAUAUUAUGGGCUGUACUAAUUACUAGGGGAGGAAUCUUCUCUUCAGAACUUUUAUGAAUAGUUUAAGGUCUAUUUUACUGUAUAUAUACUAAACACAAGCAAAUAAAGUGGCUAAGGAAUGAAUGUGCCAUCUUCACGCACCAAUGCCAGGAUGAAGUGGGCCAAACAGAACUACAUAUCCAUCGUGUGACUGUGCCUGCCUUCUCAUGAGCAGUUCUGGUGGUCACCUUGCUUUACAUCGGUUUAGCACGUUUACCGAUCCUAGUGAGCCCACAGACAACAAAGUUGUAGUUUUCAAUAUAUGUAGAUUACCUACAUUCAAAUGUUGCAGAUUUACUUAUCAAGAAAACAAAGAAAGAAUGCAUCACUGUACAGUACAAUAGUUUUGUUUUGGUUUUUUUACUUCAAAUAACAUUAAACAUACAGCAACUACACACAAAGAUGUGUAAUUUUUAAGAUGUUUUUAAUAUGGACUAAGAAUUUAUAACCCACUGUUCUGCAACUAUGCAGUUGUCAACUAAAAUAUUUUCUCACUAUUUAUGGGUAUUUUGUUGCCUCUGAAAUUACAGUGUAUAAUAGAUAAACCCUUUAAACAAAGCCACAUAUUUUCCAGGAAUAAAUUGAAUUUUCAGUGGACAAGGAAUCAUUUACUCUAUGCCAGAAAUCACCCAAAGCAUUACCUUUGAAAACAUGACACCUGUAAAUGGAGUGGUCACUCAGGUCACAAACACCAGAUCAGUUUUCAAGAGGUUCCUCAAAGGAAAGCCAGAGGCACUUGGGGCUGUACAGAUCAUGAUUGGUUUGGUCAACAUUGCUGUUGGUCUGGCUCUAGCAGUAGCUGGACUGAUUAUAAUUGUCACUUCUACUCCAUUUUGGACAGGUCUUCUGUAUAUAAUUUCUGGAUCUUUUUGUGUAAUUGCAGCCAAAACUACACAGAUUGGUUGGAUCAAAGCAGCCUUAUCCAUGAAUAUCACCAGUGCUGUGUCUGCUGUAUUUGCAGUUGCUAUGUAUUGUGCAAACAUUUCUACAAGAAAUUUAAGUGACAGAGGCAAACAUUUCCGUUCAAAUGACACUGCAGAUCUCGAUCAUGUGCACUGGCAUCAAGGAUCUUACAUCCUACUGAGUACAACAAAUGGAAUCCUUGGAGUGUUACUCAUUUUCACAGUGCUGGAGUUCCUAGUGGCCAUCUCCAUGUCAGUUUUUGGAUGCAAAGCUGUUUGCAAGAACACUAUGCCUGUGAUUGUCAUUCAACAAAGCUCACUUCCAGAGGCAGCUUUUGUGGUUAACAUGUAAUUUAUGUUGAUCCUUUACUGUGAUUCUAUGGUGAUGCUCAAACACAUCCUUCUCCAUUUCCCAGUGUUCAACUAAGGAAAAUAAUAAAGCUUCAAAGUUUUUUUUUAUAAGAAGAGAUCUGCUUUUUUAUUGUUCACCACCAGGAAGGUCAGGAUUUCUUGGGAGUAUCCAUGCUUGAAUUGACUCCUUUUCCCCUCAAUGUUGUCUGGUUUAUUGCUAUACUCCAAAGUACAGUAUACCUUUGAAAGUUGAAUUGUUCCAUUGUUAAAGUGAAAAUGUUUGUUUACUAGAACCCCAUCUAUUCACCAUAUUACUCCGGUCUUGCAGCAGCUUCAUUGGCUCCCGAUUAAGUUUCGAAUUGAUUUUAAAAUUCUGCUGUUAACAUUUAAGGCCAUUCAUAACCUUGCCCCUCCAUAUCUGUCUGACCUUCUUCAUGUUGCCAUUCCCUCCCAUAUCCUUAGAUCCUCUUCCUCCAUCCAUCUGACCGUCCCUCUCGCCCGUCUAACCACCAUGGGGAGCAGAGCAUUCAGCCGUUCUGCUCCCAAGCUCUGGAACUCACUACCUACUGAGCUUAGAAAUAUCGAAUCAUUUUCAACCUUCAGAUGUAAACUUAAAACCCUUCCUUUUUAAAAUGUCUUUUUCUCUAUGGUUACAGUGGCUUUGUUUGGUUUUAAUUUUUAUAUUUUCUGUAUUUUCUGAUGUUUUAAGUUUUGUUUAUAAUGU